UUGUGGUUUCGUGGGGUGAGGAGUUCGAAGUUCCGACAUGUCUAUGGGGAACCUGCGAAACGGGAGAAGUGCUACGACAAUGUGCAGAUAACGAAGAACGCCCACGAUUCGCAGUUCUGUGCUGUGAAUCCCAAGUUCGUGGCCAUCGUCACCGAGGUGGCCGGAGGAGGAGCAUUCGUCGUUCUGCCAAUCGAUUGCACGGGGAGGUUGGAUUUUAACGCGAGCCGCGUGACCGGACACAGAGGUGCCGUCCUGGAUAUCAAAUGGAAUCCAUUCGAUGAUAAUGUGAUUGCCUCAUGCUCCGACGAUUGCACGAUCAAAUUGUGGCGCAUUCCCGACGACGGUUUAUCCGUGCACCUCACGGAAUGGAUGGUGGAGCUGGUGGGACACAAGAGGCGCGUCUCCUACAUCGAAUGGCAUCCAACCGCGGAGAACAUCAUCUUCAGCGCCGGCUUCGAUCAUUUGGUCAUCGUUUGGGAUAUUGAAAAGGGGGAAGCCGUGAACAUAAUCGAUUCCCAUCCGGACGUUAUCUACAGUAUGUCCUUGAACAGGGACGGCAGCCUAUUGGCGACGACGUGCAAAGACAAGAAGUUGAGGAUCAUUGAACCUCGAAGCGGUUAUAUCAACGCUGAAGGCGUAUGUCAUUCGGGAUCCAAAGCUUCGAAGGUGACUUUCCUCGGUGCUACCGGACGGCUCCUGACGACGGGAUUCUCCCGACAUUCCGAUCGGCAGUAUUCGAUUUGGGACCAAAACGAUCUCAGCAAGGCCCUGAACACGGACACCAUAGAUAGUUCCUCGGGAAUAGUGUUUCCUUAUUAUGACCAUGACACGAACAUCGUGUUUCUGGCGGGGAAGGGCGACGGAAACAUCCGGUAUUACGAGGUGGUGGACGAAGCCCCGUACGUUUACUUCCUGAACCAAUUUCUUUCAGGAAACCCCCAGAGGGGUUUGGGUUUCAUGCCGAAGCGAGGCCUGACCACUGGCAAUUGCGAGAUCUUCCGGUUCUACAAGUUGCACGCGACCAAAGGGCUCUGUGAACCAAUCAGCAUGAUUGUACCAAGGAAAAGCGAUCAUUUCCACGAAGAUCUCUACCCUGACACUGCCGGCACUAAACCGGCUAUGAACGGACAGGACUGGAUCACGGGGAGGAACGCUAUGCCAGUACUGAUUUCUAUGCGAACCGGCGAAAAUGUGCCUUUACAAAAACCGCGCGCUUUAAAACCGCUUACGCCCACUACUAACUCUGUUCCGUCCAUAAACACUUCGGUGGACAACAACAAGAAGAAAUUCGCUUUCCUCUCCACGGAAACCAUACCUGACUACCGGCCCAAAGAUGUUAUCAUCGAAAAGAACAUGAAAACGACGACGAACCAGAGCACCAAGUUCUUCGAGCUCCAGCAAAAGUUCAGCAACAUCGCGCAGGACAUAAAUGCCGAUGACCUGAUGAAGCAGAACAACACCAUCAACGACACGAUUUGCACGGAACUCGAGCUGAAGCGAGCAUUCGUGAGGCAGAACGACGAGAUCCGGCAGUUAAGGAAGCGCGUCAAAGAACUGGAGGAGCAAAACCGGUUGCUCCUGCUGAAGUGCAAGUCGUAAGUUAAACAAAUUCAAAACAACAAAUUUUCACGUUUCACAUCUCGACACGCGCCGUCGGAGCAUCAACCAGCUUAAUUUCUUUGGAUUCAACGACAAAACAUAAAAUCAAACAAUCAUGGAGUCAUGAUGAUCUUUGUAAAUCUCGGAAGACACGCGACAGAGAUUGCCACCGAAUCUACACAAUCAAAAAUGUAAUGAUGUUGCAAAGGAUCGAAACUCUACUACUAAGUCUAAAUGAUGCACUGCCAUCGAUAACGUGUAACAAUGUUACGUACUUGAUAUAUGAUUAUAUUGAUCGAGGGAAGAGGAAUAAUAACGCAGAAGCUAUGCUUUAGCUUUGAUCAUCGUCUAUAACGUAUGGUGGAUAAAUGCUUUCAUGAAGAGUGGCUUAUUUCUUUACGAAUGUGUUCCCAUUUCGUUUUUUAAUCAUAUAAUGCUUUAAUUAAUUUUAUCUCUCCGAAAACGAAACAAACAUUUAUAUAUAUACAUAU